CACAUGUUCACAACAGAAGCAGAAAGAUCCCCAAGAAGAACUUCCUCUCCUUCAUUCCUUAAGAACAGUAGAUCUCCUACACUUCUUCCUCCUCUGACCCGUCAGAGAUGAGUGACAGCGAUGACGACGUCCCCACCCUGUCGGCUCACACUCUGGCCGCCCUGCAGGAGUUCCUCAGUGAGACAGGCAGCGAUCAGCCUCACAGCACCGAGCCCUCUGACCAGUUUGCCGUGGGAGCGGUGGAGGAAGACUGGCGGAUGAGCCAGUUCUGGUACAGUGAUGAAACAGCAACAAAGUUAGCUGAGGAGGUCAUACGUGAAGCUGGAGAGGGAGGCAGGAUAGCGUGUGUGAGCGCGCCCAGUGUGUACCAGAAGCUGAAGCAGGGCGUGGUGGACGGGUCCGACCGGGUGUCAGCUGUGGUGCUGGAGUACGACCGCCGCUUCGCCUCCUACGGCGACGACUUCAUCUUCUACGACUACAGCGAGCCGCUCUCCUUCCAGUCCAGAGUGGCUCCUCAGAGCUUCGACGUCGUCCUCGCCGACCCGCCGUACCUGUCUGAGGAGUGUCUGGGCAAAGUGGCCAAAACCAUCAAGUACCUGAGCAAAGGCAAAGUGCUGCUGUGCACAGGAGCCAUCAUGGAGAGCGUGGCUAAAGACCUGCUGGAUUUAAAGAUGUGCAGCUUCCUGCCGCAGCACAAAAGAAACUUGUCCAACGAGUUCCGCUGUUUCGUCAACUACCAGUCCCGCCUCCUGUCCUGCUGAGCCGCCGACCCCUCCUUCUGAUCAGCUGAUCGGAGCGGACUCAGGAUGGAGGAGGGACGACGUCACUCAGACAUCUCUGAGCACGGAGCCUGGCUCUGUUCUGCAGCAGCGCUCUUCUGCUGCUGAUGGAUGAACAGAAACAUUAAGACCUGCAGCAACGGUGGAAACACGUCGCCCCGUGAUUUUGCAUUUUAGUUUAUUUUGGUUCCAAGUGGACUCAGGCCUGUAAACAAGUCGGCUUGUUGACUCAGCAACAUUUUGGGAACCUUCUGGUUCACAACUGAAACAAUCACUGAACACAUUACAGAACAUUUUCAUAGUCAGUUAAUAGAAUAAGCCAGUAGCCAGCAAAUAUUGAGUGGUUUCAGCUCCUUCAGUGUGAGGUUAUGCUGCUUUUGUUUUUACAUUUUUUUAAAAAUCAAAUUUAUUUUAAUCAAAUGUCACAGUCGGUUGGCCAAAAUGUCUCAAAUGAAGCUCUAGAACACUGAGCUGGACGUGUUUCACUGUUAUAAAGAUCAGGUCACACUUCUCAGCCUCUGAAAACAGUUUUAUAGUAAACUGAAAACAGUCCCCUGUGGUUUGGACCCAGCUCUGUCAAGUCUGACAACCCCCCCGCCCUCCUCCUCCCUGAUGAUGUGACAGUGAAGUCAGCAGGGUUAUAUUGUUCUGGCUCAGACACUUGACUGAAAUUGAAAAACAUACUGAAUGUCCAGAUUGUCACUAACAGCUGCUCAGUGUGCUGUGGAGCUUUAACUGAAUUGGACCAUCAAACACGCAGUCAUGUGGAUUAUUU